CCCGACUCUAAAGCCCGUUUCCCUCUCACUCGAAGUCGUCACUCUUUCUCCUUCCCAUCUUUCCAGACGCUAUCUUCUCAAUUUCUUUUCCCUCAAUCGCCAUGAAAUCCAAAUCAAAAUCCAAACGCUCAAAGAAAUCGGAGGAAGAGGAGAUUGAUGAAGAAGACUACGGAAUAAUCGUAGUCCAUACAGACACUCCCCUUUUGGUGGACAUGGACAUGAGAACCGCAAUCCCCGCCCUAGAACACCUCCUCGGCUACAAUUUCCACGAUCAAAGCCUCUUGAUCGAAGCCCUAACCCAUUCUUCCUACACCGAGGCCGAAUCCUACCAACGGCUCGAAUUCGUCGGCGACGCCGUCCUCGGCCUCGCCCUCACCAACCAUAUCUUCCUCACCUACCCCACCCUCGACCCCGGUCAGCUCUCUAGCCUCCGUGCUGCCAACAUCAGCACCGAGAAGCUUGCUCGCGUUGCCGUCCGCCACAAUCUCUACUCGUACCUCCGCCGCAACGCUCCCGCCCUCGAUGAAAAGGUCCGCGAGUUCUCACUCGCCAUCCGCUACGAUGCCGAUGAGGUCCCUUAUGACGGCACUGUCAAGGCCCCCAAGGUCCUCGCCGACAUUGUCGAGUCGAUCGCUGCUGCUGUCUAUGUAGAUUGCAACUUCGAUCUCAAGGUACUCUGGCUGGUCUUCCGCGCGCUGCUGGAGCCGAUCGUCACGUUGGAUACCCUGCAGCAGCAGCCCGUCACAAUGUUGUUUGAGUACUGCCAGAAGCACGGGAGGCGGGUUGAUAUCCGGCAUUGGAAGAAGGGGGUGAAGAACAUUGCGAACGUCUAUGUUGAUGGGAAGAUGGUGGGGUCUGGAUGCUCUGAGCAGAAGGAGAUUGCGAAGCUGAAUGCCGCCAAGGAGGCGCUGCAGAAGCUGCUGGAUUCUGAGCCGAUGUCUAUGGAUACUGAUAGCCAGAGGUUUGGUGGAACGCAGGAGGAAGGAGCGAAACAGAGGUUGAAUGAGCUCUGCAGCAAGAACCGCUGGCCCAAGCCAUUCUAUAAGGUGGAGAAGGAAGUCGGGCCCGCCCAUGAGAAAUUAUUCAUGUGUUCGGUUCAAAUCGGAAUAUCAAAUGACAUAUAUGUCUCGAGUGGAGACUUGAAGUCCAGGGUAAAGGAUGCUGAAAACUCAGCCGCUUCCUGUUUACUGAAUGCUCUUCUUGAGUUGAACUUUGCAUAAUUGAUUGGAAUUAGCAUUUGAAGACUCAGUACUCAUACCUGCGCUCAAUCUGUUUGUCCGUUCCUGCUACCACGUACUGUCAACAGUCAUGUGUGUUUCUUCUCUGCGCUACUGAAACUGCUGUUGGACCACUUGUUAUCGUUUAUCAUGUGAUUCUUUCAAAUGGAUUAGACAGACUAUUGUUGCUCGGACACUGAUAGGUUACUGGUGGGCCUUAUCAGUCCUAUCCUAGAUUUGGUGGUGAUGUAUGAAGAGGCAUUUAUGUGCA